ACGAUGCGAGGGUUGUCUUGUAGAGCUGCAUCAUCACAAACCCUCCGUCACUCUCGUUGCCGCCGUCGCCGACGGAACCAGCCACCACUGUCCGUCAUCGCCGAUCAAAGCAGCCGGAACCGGCAGAAGUUGGACAAAGGAAACAUGUAUAAAGAUAAACAAGGGGACAGAGGAAGAUCCUCGAGGGCUCCUCUGAAAUCCAAAGACGAAAGAAUGGACAUUAUGAAGAUUAUGAAAGAUAUCGAGGUUCUAGGUUCCUCACAUAUGACAUGGAAAGAGAAGAAGGCACUGGAAAAUAAGAAGGUGGUUUCUCUUGGUGGAAAGCCUCAAAAACAACAGAGACUACCACUUAGUGUAGCAAAAGGGAGGAUGAAGAAACAGAAGGAAAGGGAACAGAAAAUGCUCCAAGAGAGGAUGAUUCUUGGAUGUUUCGGUGGGAAAUAUGGUGGCGGUGGACCUAAAAGAUCCGAGGUGAAGCGCCGGCCAGAGGACCAGGUUCUGAAGUCGAGUGAAGGCCACUUUAGAAACGGUGUACUCAAUGUGAAGCAUUUGCUGCAUCAGACUCCAUCUAGAGAGAGUAAUGCUGUUGCUCCUAUGUUUAAAUUUAAUGAAGGGAAAAAGAAGGUGAAAGGAAAAGGCAAAGGAAAAAAGAACAAAGGCAAGAAGGGUGGUGGUAAGAAACGCCAUUGAAGACUUGCGAAACUCUUAGCGUUAUAAUCUAGUUCAGACGAUGAGUGAUUCUUGUUUCGGCAUCUUACAGGUUUUAUAAUCUAGCUUGACCACUAGUUCGUUUCAUUUUGUAUCACCAGAAAAAUUUUGUAAAACCCUGUUCACGUUUCUUACUAAUAUACCAGUUUUUUCCACCCAA